ACACAAGUGCAGGACAGCGAGCAGAGGGGUGGAUGCGAGUCUCCUCACCGUCACUGAAUCAGCAGCAUCAUUAGAGGUGUGUCUGCACCGCAGGAGCUGCAGACAGACAGACAGACAGACAGAGAGACAGACAGACAGGCCGCUGGUGGACCGACUGAAAGGGGAUUCUUUCUGCUGACUUUCAUCAUGGCGUCAAAAUGUCCAAAAUGCGACAAGACGGUGUAUUUCGCGGAGAAAGUGUCGUCUUUAGGGAAAGACUGGCACAAGUUCUGUCUGAAAUGUGAGCGCUGUAACAAGACGCUGAAUCCAGGCGGCCAUGCUGAGCAUGACGGAAAGCCUUACUGCCACAAGCCGUGCUACGCAGCCCUGUUUGGACCCAAAGGUGUGAACAUCGGUGGAGCUGGUGCCUACGUGUACGAUGCUCCUGUCAACGAAGCCCCUGCAGCCAUUUCCAUGGAAACCAAUGCCAAACCUGAGGAGAAGAAAGCCCCUGCACGGGGACCAGUGAAGGCUGCAAGCUUCUCAUCUUUCUCUGGAGGACCCAACAUCUGCCCCAGAUGCAACAAAACAGUAUAUUUUGCUGAGAAAGUGUCGUCUCUGGGGAAGAACUGGCACCGGCCCUGUCUGCGCUGUGAGAGGUGCAGUAAGACUCUGGCCCCGGGCAGCCAUGCAGAGCAUGAUGGACAGCCUUACUGCCACAAACCAUGCUACGCUGUGCUGUUUGGACCCAAAGGUGUUAACACUGGCGGUGUCGGCAGCUACAUCUAUGAUGACCCGGAAGCCGAGGCACAGCCUUAAAUCGUGCCGCUGCUUCCAACACGCAGGAAAACACCUCCAGGACCCUCAGUGUUUCGUUGAUUUGCCUUCAAUGGUCAUGUGACAAAUGAUAUGUACUGCACUCACAGGGAUGGAUACUUAGAUAUUUAUGUUGUAUUUGUAUAUUGUUUAUAUAUCUAUUUUUUUGUACGAAAAAAAAACAACAUGUCCUCCUGUGUGAGUUCAUGUUUAUCAGUUAUAUUUGCCAAAUGGUUAUUAAUCUAUAACAGUAGUGGAUUAAAGCUCAUGUGUUCUUCCUUAUUAGUAGUUUUUGGGCAUUUGUGCACUUACAAGCUGUACUGUAUGAGAAAGACAAAG